AUGACCGUCCAUACAACCAACGACGAGGCCGACGUCGACGCCGCCAGCAUCACGCCCUCCACUACCAUGACCACUCCCAAGUUCUCCCUCCCAGACCUUCCCGAAGACUGCUUCCUUCCAAUCCUCGAGGCCCUCGCGAUUUUUGACGUCGCCCGUUGCGCAAUGUUGUCUAGAUCCUGGCGCGCAGCCUUCACCAACCCGCUCUACCUCCGCAUGGUACUCAAGAACCACGCUUCUGCUCGAGAGAUGCAAGACCUGAUCGGCCGAGAACAUGACACUGCUUUACUGUCCCGGACAUUCAACAGACUGGCAUCCCGCUACUACCACCUUACCCACGGUAAGAUCCGAACAAUCGAUCGAUACAAGUUGGCUGCUUCGGAGCAGAGAGGCGACUUUUGCCCCGUCGGUCAGUGGGACUUCCACGAAUCCCAACCCGGCGGACGCCUGUACUUCGAGAACGCCUCCCACCAACUCUCGCGCCUCAACAUGCCUUCAAAACCCUAUCUCUUCCGCAGCACCCUCUGGAGCUACGCCGAACCAGGCCUGCUAGUCUACGCGCCCGAACAGCUGCCUCCCGAUGCGCCGCGGACGCACAUCCUUGCCCUCCUCGACCUCUCCACGGGCUUCCACUUCAGCAUUCCCUUCGACAUUGCAGGCAAAGUCGUUCGCAACAUCCGCCUGGCAGACAUGACACUCAUCAUCGAAUGGGCCGAACGCGAUCCAUUUCACAGCUUGAAUGAUAUGGAGCAGGUCAAUCGGCACUUCGCCUCUUGCUUCGACGUUGUGCCUUCGCCGUCCACACCAAGUGGCACUACAACCAAAAGCCCCACCCUCACGCAUACAGCCACGCAUUAUGCGAUUUACUUCUGGCAGCCCAACCGCUCGAUGUACACCGGCGACGAAGAACUCCCCAUCGAGUCCCUCUUCGUCUGGGAUAUCUCCUCCGCAUCCACAUACCGCCCCUCGCUCGACCCAUCCGGCGCCAACAGGCCACAAACACGCUCCAGCUCCCCCACCCACGGCAGGACGGGCCCGCAUAUCCUCGCGCGCUUCCCCUUCAACGAGCUCGAACUCCUCGGCGUGCGCCAGCACUCCCGCGUCCGCUUGAUGAAUCUCUCCCUCGACUCCUCCGCCAAAACCCUGACCUGGCGCGAGAACACAUGCGAAGCAGGCCAAGGCUACUUCGACCCCGCCGCCCGCUUCUGGCGGAGCCGCACCACCACCUUCUUAUUUCAAGGCAGCGGCCCCCAUCUCGUGGCAGAAGGCACAGACAACCUCCCGCCCUAUCGCGGACACGGCAGUAUGGAGAGCGCACCACUCGAAGACGAAGAGGCGGAGAAGUGGUUCGUCCCUGUCAUGGAUGUGCUUGACCAGAAGACCGGAGUGCGUAUUAGUCUGGUCGAGACGUGUUUCACGGGGUGGAUGGUUGAGAAUCGGUUGGUGUUGAGGAUUGGGACGCCGCAGAUGAAGGCUGCUGGCAGCAGUGGGGAUGAUCACGACGGCUUCACGAUACUCAGAGACGAUGCUGCGACUAGGGAGGUGAGUGCUAUGGGGCGGAUAGCGGGGGAUGAGCGGUGGGUGUUGGGGCAGAAUGGGGGAAUGGAGAUUGCGGUUUUGCGGUUUUGA